GUGACCUGGUUAUGUAAUCGAAGUCUACCUGUUCCUCCAUUGAGUGAGUGUGACGGUUCCCGCCCGAGCUGCUUUAAAAGGCAAAGAAAUAUGUGUGGCCGCACUGCAUGCACUCUUGCACCAGAUGAUGUGAGUAGAGCGUGUUCGUAUAAGGACAAGCAAGGCAAACGAAAAUGCCCUCAGUGGCGAGAUGGCGACAAUCAAAAAUACCAGCCAUCAUAUAACAAGACUCCCCAAUCCACCAGCCCUGUCCUCUUGUCUUUAAAGCAUUUUCAAAAGGAUGCAGACUCUUCAGAGCGAGUUAUCGCUGCAAUGCGAUGGGGACUUAUACCGUCCUGGUUCAAUGAAGCAGAACCAUCCAAAAUGCAAUACAGUACGAACAACUGCAGGAGCGACACAAUGACGGAGAAAGUCUUGUACAAGGCUCCUCUAUUUAAAGGAAAACGUUGUGUGGUACUCGCAGAUGGAUUCUAUGAGUGGCAGAGACAGAAUGGGGAAAAGCAGCCUUAUUACAUAUACUUUCCUCAGAUCAAAGCAGAGAAGGAUGGGUUGUGCUGGGACGGCUGGAGACUGCUGACUAUGGCUGGACUCUUUGAUUGUUGGGAAGCACCCAAUGGAGAAUUGUUGUAUUCCUACACCAUAAUCACAGUGGAUUCUUCCAAAAGCAUGAACUGGAUACAUGAUCGAAUGCCUGCUAUUUUGGAUACUGAUGAGGCUAUUCAGAAGUGGCUGGAUUUUGCUGAAGUACCGACCCAAGAAGCCCUGAAACUUAUUUAUCCAAUUGAAAAUGUCACCUGCCACCCAGUGUCGCCUAUCGUGAACAAUUCCCGUAACAAUGUCCCAGAGUGCAUUUCACCUAUUAUUUUAAACCAAAAAAAGGAACCUACAUUAAGUGCCAGUGGUAAGAAAAUGUUGGAAUGGCUGCAAAAUAAAUCUCCAAAGAAGGAAGAAUCCGGCAUUUUUAAAUCCUCUCCCAAGCUCUCUAAAUUUGCCACAUCGCCCAAAAAAACUAGUGCAAGUUUAAUGCACCAGUGGUUAAAAAAAGAUGAUGAUGCUCCAUCUCCAAAAAGACCAAAGAAAUGAGCACAAUCCUCCAGUGCUGCUAAUUACAGAUACACAUUAGAAGCUUUUGUUGAGUUCCAUUCCUUUUCAUGAGGCAUGCGUGUUGAAGAUGCAAACGGAGCUGCAAUGUUUAAUGGUUAAUCUUUAUUUUACACGGAGUAAUUUAUUAGUUCACCCUAAACAUUAUUCAAGCUCUAAUAAUGAAUGUUUUAAGGUUGUAUCCUCUAUUUAUGUGCUAUCCCAUCUUAUUUAGCUUUUGUUGCUGUUUAAGCCAUAUUAGCUAAUUCACUUCAUUAUUGUAUCUAUUGUUGAGUGAGUGAGGUACACUCUUGGUCAGAGCACACUUUCCUCUUUGGAUUAACGCUGUAGUACACAUCUUUAUAUUAUUCAAGCUCUGACAGACUGUGCAAUUAAAGAGAGGAACACACCAUUUUCUCUUAUGUGCAAAUAAUUUAAAAACUGUUCCCAGAUUGCUUGCCCUAUGACCGCUGCUAAAAGCAGAAGUGGUCAUGGAUGUUGGAGUAACUAUUUUAAAUUGCCUUUAUCACGGUUACAUAUAUCCUGGUUUUGAAUGGUCAACUUGCACAUUUUGGCAAUGUAACAAUGUAUACUUAGUGGUUCAUAUAUUUUUACUCGAUUUUAAAAUGAAAGUUUAUAUACAUUAAUGGAAAAUUAAAAUAUCUAUUUCAAAAAGAA